UCGAACAAGUCCUGUCCAGUUUGUGGCUGGCCGAAUACCACAUUUGUAAUGCAAUAAUAACAGAAAACAAAAGCGUCUGGCUACAUUUGUGUUAUUUCACCCGUUGGAUUUUGUUCAUUCUGUCUUUCUUGGACGCUGUGAGCACAUUGUGCAGGUCGGAAGAGGCAUUUCUUUGAAGUCUUGUAUGGGUCUGUAAGAGGCAUCAUGAGUGGGGAGCCAGACGCUUUGGCUGUGGUGAACCAUUUGAGGGAUCUUGCUGCAGAUCCUAUGAACAGAAGAGCUAUCGUUCAGGACCAAGGUUGCUUACCGGGACUCAUCCUUUUUCUGGACCAUCCCAACCCCCUGGUUGUCUACUCAGCACUCAUGGCUGUGCGCUACCUCGCAGAAUGUCGUCAAAACAGGGAGAAAAUGAAGGGAGAGCUGGGGAUGAUGUUAAGUCUUCAGAAUGUCAUGCAAAAGACAACCACCCCAGGAGAGACCAAGCUGCUGGCCUCAGAAAUCUAUGAACUCCUCCAGGCCUCUAACAGUGAGGAUGUAGACAAGCCAGAGGGGCCCUCUUGCAGACGCAAGGCCCAGUUCUUCCUGGGCUCCACCAACAAGCGGGCCAAAACAGUGGUUCUCCACAUAGAUGGCCUGGAUGACUCUAGCCGGAGGAGCCUUUGUGAAGAGUCCCUGUUGAAGAUCCGAGGCGUCAUCAGCUUUACAUUCCAGAUGGCCAUUAAGAGAUGCAUCGUCAGAAUUCGCUCAGACCUGAAGGCAGAGGCUCUGUGUUCUGCCAUCGCCUCAACCGAAGUAAUGAAAGCGCAACAGGUGGUCAGGGGAGAGGAUGGACAAGAGGUAAUCAUCCCAUUCCCGGAGGAUGGUUCGGUAGCGGUGGAGCAGAAUGUGGAUCUGCCAGACUACCUUCCAGAGGAGGAGAGCCCAUCCCAGGAGCCAGACAAGGCUGUGACCUGCGUGGGCACAGGGCAGGAUGGAGCAGGCUGGCUAGGCACUGCGGCUAACUUCCUGUCCCGCUCGUUCUACUGGUGACACUCCCAGGCCACCCACACCUCUUCAGAUACUACAGAUACAGAAUCAGGCUCCCAGCUGCCAAAGAGCUGGACUGCCAAAGGCAAUGUGUAACAACAAACUAGUCCAAUGCGUGCAGUACACACAUGCACCCACAAUCUCACACCCACCUUGCACCAUACAGAAUCACCAAGCCAUUAAGGGAGAGGACUGGCUUCCGGAAUGGAUUCUUAUUUCUUAUCUUUUGGGUUCUGAUUCAGAGCUAGACUAUUCUUUCUGCACAUGUAAACGGGUCCAUGUUUUUGAACACCAAAAUGUCUUGUUGUGAGGAGCGUUAUUGUGGUAGCAUUAGAACUUGAUCCAUCAUAAAGGGUCCAAACUUUGCCACAAAAUGAAGUUCCUGUAGUUAGAAAUAUUUUUAAGGGAAGGAUCUGAAAUCGCGUUUGCAUUAAGGGUCUUUUCCCCCUACCUUUUUAUCUGACUUUUCUAAUUCUUUGACCAAGAACUGACCCAUCCUCCCCUUUUUUGUCAAUGGGUGUUCCAGAAUAUGCUGUAAUCAACGUGUGUUCAGUUAUCGUGCCUUUCGUUUCAUUCUGUUUACAUGGAUACCCUUGUGACUGACUCAGCUUUAGUUCUGAAAUGUAUUCUGCCUGUAAGGCUCCCUCCUUUGAUAUAUUCCAAAGGUUACUGACGCAGACACUGUAUAAAUGCCAAUGUGGGUACUCUUAAAUUCCAAUGCCUACUGAAGUCAUUAAUGGAAUCUGUCGUGGGUUAUGAGAAAUGUUUACAGGACUGUGUGGCUGGUUGGAGACGAGACAUUUUCUCUUCAGAAACAGCAUGGAGAUUUUGCACAGUGUGAACACUGGUAUUCUCUAACAAUGUGGUGUUGUGCAUUGUUAGCUUGGUUUAUGAUAAGUAUUACUCAUUAAAAUAACAAUAUUAGAAUAUCUUUCCUAAGGAAGAGCAUUGUUCCUCUUUCAGGGACAGCCUCUGACAUUUCCCCAAUGUCUUGCGUGAUUUAACACAUAGUUAAAGAAUAUAAGGCUAAACGUAAUCUCUCGUGGACAGACUACAUAAACAUAAAUGGUUAAGCUUCUGACCAAAUUACGCAAUAUUUAAGUUCUGGUUUAACCGAGAUUAGGCUAAACCUAACAUUAAUAAUUUUCUCUGAAUAUAUGUUGAUGGAAACACAUUGUUAGAUUUAAUUGGAAAUGGAUUGGCCAGCAGUGUCCUUAAACCUGUGGUUAAAGGGAGCUCAUGUGGGUUCUGCCUUAGGUCAGGGUUAUCUGUAAGUGUAGAAUGGUGAAUGUUCUGGAUGGUUCAGUCAAUAUAGUGGAUCACUUGCCCAUUGCCCAGCCUCUGAAAUAGCUAUGCUAUCAGUGCAUGUUAGUGUAUGAAUGGGAAAUGUUUGUGCUGAGCUUAUUAUUGUUCAAAGUAAAUCUCUGCAUGAGAAGUA